GAAUGAUAUACUCUAUCGUCAAACUCUGUUAUUCCGCGCGGCACCGUAUUUUCUCCGCUACGUCUCUGACCUGUUGUCGCUAAAACUCGAAGGACUCACUGGAAACUCGUUUGCUAAUAAGAUGAUAUUCUUGUCAUUCAAACCUAUUCAUCUCCUUCGGACUUCUUGUGCGUGGUGGUAGGUAGAAACCAGACUUCUUGAGCGAGUCCCAGAGAUGGACACGGACUCCGCAGCCCCUCCUCAGCGCGUGCUGGAGUCACUCGACAGGAGCGCCGCCGCAUCCGAAGGCAACUGCGAAUAUUUACAGUCUGUUAGUAGCGAAUCGAGCUCAUUCAUCAUGGUUCAGGCCAAAAGUCGUCUCGAAGUGCCAUCCAGGUUGUGGGUGACAGCUGUUGUGGUCAUCGUGAUUGUCCUUCAAGUCGCCUCGACCACAGGACUCUUCAUAUACUUAAACAUGUCAAUGGCACAGGCUCGGACACAAGGUGUGGUGGAGGAGCUGAGGUGCUUGGGUCUUCUGAACGCACUGGAGAAAGAACAGGAUGUGCCUGAUGACCUGGUCCAGCUCUUUGGUGAGCCAUGCAUUAAACUUGCCGAAGGACUCAAAGCCUACAUUUCCAAGGUGACAGAAAACGUAAUCUCGAAACACACCUUUCAAGAAAGAGUCGCUAUCCCUCCACGUACAAAAUUACUCACCACUGGCAGCCCACGGCCGUCAGCUCAUCUUACUCUCAGAGACAGUGGACUGCAGGGUACGACAUCCUUAACCCCUCAGACUGACCUUCACCAGUCCUGUCGCCAUCCCGUUCGUUCCUGGGGGAACCAGAGUUUCGGCUCCCACCUGCACAACAUGACUGUGUCCAACGGACGCCUGCGUAUCCCUCGUGCAGGCCGCUACUACCUCUACGGCCAAGUCUACUUCCGUUAUCUCACCCUCUCCAUCGACAAUUACCACUCGGGCUCCGACAGCCACCAGGUGGUGCAGUGCGUCUACAAGAAGACCGCCUACGCCCGCCCUAUUCAGCUCCUGAAGGGUGUGGGCACCAAAUGUUGGUCUCCAGACAGCGAGAACGCCCUUCACUCCAUCUACCAGGGGGGCCUGUUUGAACUUCGCGCAGGCGACGAGAUCUUCAUCUCUGUGUCUUCUCCCACAGCUGUGUAUGCAGAAGACUCCUCCAGCUACUUUGGGGCCUUCCUGUUUGACCUCUGAGGGACGCAGUUGGGGCUUGUGGUCUCAUUCUAAGGGAGAGGAAAUUGUUUCUGUCGGAAGGCCCCACAUGGGAACCAGGAAGAGAGGGAAGCACAGAUACUCCAGCAUCUUAGUGGUUCAAAAGACCAAACAACUCAAAAAACCAUCAAGUUAUUGUGGUCUGAGGACUAUUUGACAUUC